AUGUGGGAAAGCGACGUCUCGACAAACCCUGUCAACUCAUGGCUGGGCUUGGUUUUGGUUGGUGUGGGUUUUGAACCACUCGUCUUUACAGAUUAUUUUACGUCUCUUUCUGAAGGUGAUGUGUUGCCUCCACAGGGCAAGAACAAGGCACACGUCGAGCGUUCAGCGCCUGCCUCGCGAUGCCGAUUCCUCCGUUCCGACGAGACUCCAUGGGCUCGUGUUAGCUGCAGCCAUUCACCUUAUUUCACCGACGAAUUAUUUGCAUAUUCCGAGAGCGGUGGGGUGCAAAUUCGUCCUUUUGAGUUCUGCGAGGAAGGACGUAACACAUUCUCAUUCCAUUGA